UGCAGCAGAACUUCCUUCUCGCUCUUCUGGCUUUGAUCCUCACUGUACAUCAGACCAGAGGCGCUGAAGGGAGGGAGGAUGCGAGAUGACUGGCCCUUUGGCAACCUGACCAUCUCCUUAGCAGAGCCUUGGAAAGACAGCCAGAGACUGACUGCAGCACCAAGGAGGCGCCGCACCUCUUGUGGAUGUGUCUGUGUGUGUGUGAGUGGGUGAGUGGGUGUGAGUGAGGGUGUGUGUGUGCAUUGUGACUGUGUGUGUGCGUGUCCAGAUGAGUGUGCGAGUGCAUGCGUGAGUGUGUGUGUGUGUGUGUGUGUGUGUGUGUGUGUGUGUGUGCACACACACACGCUCUUGGUUUUUAUUUUUUGGAAGAAAAAUCUUGAAAAUCUGGGGCAGGUUACUGUGCUCCUAGGGUAGUGGUUCUUCUUUUGCAAGAGGAGCUGACCAGACCAAGCUACUAGAGACAUUUUUCUGCGAGUAAAGAGAAUUUUCCUUCCAGGAGAGGGAUUUUUCCCCCUCUGGCUCUGCAGCCAAGUGAAAGAGAUUAGCCCCUAAACCUGUGAAAUCGACCAGAGCCGUGUGAGAGAGAAUACGGGAAGAAAAGGAGAUAUAAAUUAAAUAGCCUGUCAGUGCCUUUGGCCACAUUGGAAGAUGUCAUCUCAAACUAAGUUCAAGAAAGACAAAGAGAUCAUUGCUGAAUAUGAAGCCCAAAUAAAAGAGAUCCGCACGCAGCUGGUGGAGCAGUUCAAAUGCUUGGAGCAGCAGUCGGAGUCUAGGCUGCAGCUGCUACAGGACCUCCAGGAGUUUUUCCGCCGGAAAGCUGAGAUCGAGCUCGAGUACUCCCGCAGCCUGGAGAAGCUGGCUGAGCGGUUCUCCUCCAAGAUCCGAAGCUCCCGGGAGCACCAGUUUAAGAAGGACCAGUACCUCCUCUCACCCGUGAACUGCUGGUAUCUGGUCCUGCAUCAGACCAGGCGGGAGAGCCGAGACCAUGCCACCCUCAAUGACAUCUUCAUGAACAACGUCAUCGUCCGCCUGUCACAGAUCAGUGAGGAUGUCAUCAGACUCUUCAAAAAGAGCAAGGAGAUUGGCCUGCAGAUGCACGAGGAGCUCCUGAAGGUCACCAAUGAGCUCUACACGGUCAUGAAAACCUACCACAUGUACCACGCGGAGAGCAUCAGUGCGGAGAGCAAGCUGAAGGAGGCUGAGAAGCAGGAGGAGAAGCAGUUCAACAAGGCGGGAGAGCUCAGCAUGAACCUGCUCCGGCACGACGACCGGCCCCAGCGCCGCAGCUCCGUGAAGAAGAUUGAGAAGAUGAAGGAGAAGAGGCAGGCAAAGUAUUCUGAGAACAAGCUGAAGUGCACGAAGGCCCGGAAUGACUACUUGCUGAAUCUGGCUGCCACCAACGCAGCUAUAAGCAAAUACUACAUCCAUGAUGUCUCCGACCUGAUAGACUGCUGUGAUUUGGGCUUUCAUGCCAGCCUGGCCCGCACCUUCCGGACCUACCUCUCAGCCGAGUACAACCUGGAGACCUCUCGCCACGAGGGGCUGGAUAUUAUUGAGAAUGCGGUGGACAACCUGGAUUCCAGAAGUGACAAGCACACGGUCAUGGACAUGUACAACCAGGUCUUCUGUCCUCCACUCAAGUUUGAGUUCCAGCCCCACAUGGGGGAUGAGGUGUGCCAGGUCAGUGCUCAGCAGCCCGUCCAGACAGAAUUACUCAUGCGGUACCACCAGCUGCAGUCCAGACUGGCCACUCUCAAGAUAGAGAAUGAGGAGGUGAGAAAAACCCUGGAUGCCACCAUGCAGACCUUACAGGACAUGCUGACCGUGGAGGACUUUGAUGUCUCUGAUGCCUUCCAACACAGUCGGUCCACAGAGUCUGUAAAGUCGGCUGCCUCUGAGACCUACAUGAGCAAGAUCAACAUCGCCAAAAGGAGAGCCAACCAGCAGGAGACAGAGAUGUUUUAUUUUACAAAAUUUAAAGAAUAUGUGAACGGCAGUAACCUCAUCACUAAGCUGCAGGCCAAGCACGACUUACUCAAGCAGACCCUGGGUGAAGGGGAAAGAGCAGACUGUGGCACAACCAGGCCCCCCUGUCUUCCCCCUAAACCACAGAAAAUGAGGAGACCUAGGCCUCUCUCAGUGUGUAACCAUAAACUAUUUAACGGCUGUAUGGAAGCGUUCAUUAAGGAUUCAGGACAAGCUAUCCCGCUGGUAGUUGAGAGCUGCAUCCGAUACAUCAAUUUAUACGGGCUCCAGCAGCAAGGGAUCUUCCGAGUGCCGGGAUCUCAGGUUGAAGUCAAUGACAUCAAAAAUUCCUUUGAGAGAGGUGAAGACCCCCUUGUGGAUGAUCAAAAUGAGCGAGAUAUCAAUUCCGUCGCUGGUGUUUUAAAACUGUAUUUCCGAGGAUUGGAAAACCCACUCUUUCCUAAGGAAAGGUUUCAAGAUUUGAUAUCUACUAUUAAACUGGAGAGCCCAGCUGAGAGGGUGCACCAGAUCCAACAAAUCCUCAUCACCCUUCCCCGCGUGGUCAUCGUGGUCAUGAGAUAUCUCUUUGCUUUCCUCAACCACCUCUCGCAGUACAGUGACGAGAACAUGAUGGAUCCCUACAACCUGGCCAUCUGCUUUGGGCCCACCCUCAUGCACAUUCCUGAUGGGCAGGACCCUGUGUCCUGCCAGGCACACGUCAAUGAAGUCAUCAAAACCAUCAUCAUCCAUCAUGAAGCCAUCUUUCCCAGCCCCCGGGAGCUAGAAGGACCCGUGUAUGAAAAAUGCAUGGCUGGAGGGGAAGAAUAUUGUGAUAGCCCACACAGUGAGCCAGGGACCAUUGAUGAAGUUGACCAUGACAAUGGCACUGAACCUCACACCAGUGAUGAAGAAGUGGAACAGAUUGAGGCCAUCGCCAAGUUUGACUACGUGGGGCGGUCCCCACGUGAGCUGUCCUUCAAGAAGGGGGCCUCGCUGCUAUUGUACCACCGUGCCUCGGAGGACUGGUGGGAAGGUCGUCACAACGGCGUGGAUGGACUCAUCCCACAUCAGUACAUAGUCGUACAGGACAUGGAUGAUGCCUUCUCCGACAGCCUAAGCCAGAAGGCGGACAGUGAGGCCAGCAGUGGGCCACUGCUGGACGACAAGGCCUCCUCCAAAAACGACCUCCAGUCCCCCACGGACCACAUCUCGGAUUACGGCUUUGGGGGGGUGAUGGGCCGAGUGCGGUUACGAUCUGAUGGAGCAGCCAUUCCCAGGCGCCGAAGCGGGGGCGACACACACAGCCCGCCCCGGGGCCUGGGCCCCAGCAUAGACACGCCGCCCCGGGCCGCCGCCUGCCCCAGCAGCCCCCACAAAAUCCCCCUCACCCGGGGCAGGAUCGAGAGCCCCGAGAAGCGGAGGAUGGCGACGUUCGGGAGCGCUGGCAGCAUCAACUACUCUGACAAGAAGGCGCUCUCAGAAGGGCACUCCAUGAGGUCGACGUGCGGCUCCACCAGGCACAGCAGCCUGGGGGACCACAAGUCCCUGGAGGCCGAGGCCCUGGCAGAAGACAUAGAGAAGACCAUGAGCACCGCUCUGCACGAGUUGCGGGAACUCGAGAGGCAGAACACGGUCAAGCAGGCGCCAGACGUGGUGCUGGACACCCUGGAGCCCCUGAAGAACCCGCCCGGCCCCGUCAGCUCGGAGCCCGCCAGCCCACUGCACACCAUCGUCAUCCGCGACCCCGACGCAGCCGUGCGCCGCGGCUGCAGCUCCUCCGCGGAGAUGAUGACCACCUUCAAGCCCGCGCUGUCCGCCCGCCUGGCCGGCGCCCAGCUGCGCCCGCCCCCCGUGCGGCCCGUGCGGCCCGCGGUCCAGCACCGGUCCAGCAGCAGCAGCAGCUCAGGGGUGGGCAGCCCGGCCGUGACGCCCACCGAGAAGAUGUUCCCCAACAGCUCAGCGGACAAGUCGGGCACCAUGUGACCCGCAGGCUGGGGCGGCGCUGCCCUGGCCGCUGGGGCACACCAUGGCCGGGGGCCUCUGUGACGUCCACACCCUUCCCAGUGCUCCUGGCCAGGGGUCAGCCUGAAAGAAUGUCUGUGCGGAGCUGAGUGAGGCCUAGCGCUGGCCGCAGCUCCAUCCAGCUGGCGGGUGUGACAGAGGCCAGAGGAGCAGGAGCUGGAGCUGGAGCUGGAGCUGGAGCAGGCGCGGGAGCAGAGCAGCCCGGCUAGAGCGUGUCCUUAGAUUGUGGCAACAUGUUAAACGGCUUCGCCGGCUUAUCGUCACUGGAAAACGAUUCUCUCGACAUUCUCUCUACAUACAUAAAUAUGUGUGUAUGUAUGUAUAUGUGUGCAUAUAUACACAUAUAUAUGUAUGUAUGUGUCUGUAGAUGUGGAACUAAACAGGCAAGGAGGUUCUGAGUCACAUCGUUUUCAUUAAAAAUCAGGCCAUGACGCACUUUGGCUGGUGCCUCUUGCACGAAGUGCAUGAACCGUAAGUGCCCAGGGCUGGGGAGGGGCGGUCCUUGGCACUUUCUGUCCCAGAGAAUGCUUAGGUUGCGUUUAUGCAAGUGAAAUAGCUUCCCUCUCGCCCUUCCCUUCCCUUUCACCGACCUGCUCCAGAGCAUUUAACUGCUAACGAUUUCUCACCUUGAAGCGCCUUUGAACCCGGACAGAGCACCAAUGGGAGGGAUAUGUAAGCUUGGGCAUUAGACUUGGGAGUCUGUCCUCUGAGGUCACCAGGCCAAGGAGCAGGAGCGAAGUGGAUUCCCAAGGGCUAACAGGUUUCUAUUCAAUGAAGAAAUCCGAGUGGGAAGAGACACAGGGAAAUGGAGCCAACCUUUGGCCACGGCUGGAACCAGCAGUUCAGAGAUCUGCCUUAUAAACCCUUCAGAACUGGUUUGUGAUGCACAGAGGGAGCCAGCGUGGGGAGGGGCCUUGACGCGGGGCUGGCUUCUCUGUUGGAGGCCCUUGGAGUGCCUUGGUGGGUAUGUUUCUUUCUCAUUCAGGAAGCAUGAAUGCAAGGGACUUCCUGUGGCCUGGCCAUUACCUGGCACUCGGCGCACAUCCUCGGCUGAUGGGAAACCACAAGGACCAAUGUAACGGUUCUUCCUCUAGGUCUUCCUAGUCCUCACUUUUCACACAUCCAGAAGGUUCCACACAAGAGCAAAUGCCUCAUUCUCCCGAGAAACCCAGAAAGAGGAGUGGUUGGCUCACAGCCAUGGGGGGCGGGGGGGGGCCCUGUUGGGCUUGGCGCUUGGCAGGGAGGAAAAGGCAGGGAGGGUGAGCCGAGGUGUUGCUUUGCUGAUUUUCUGCUAUGCAGAGCUAAUGCUGACGUUUCAUGUCAACUUCCCCGGUUCUCUGGGGUCUCCUCUCUCGUGCAGAGAAUUCCCCACGUACCCAAACUGCCAGGGGAGCUGAGCGAAGGGACUUGCUGUCAGGUCGGAGUGCUCCUGGCCUCUCCGAGGUUGAUCUGCCAGUGUCCCGCUGUCCCGUCCUCUGGGACUGGCCGAAUGGCCAGCGCUGCCCCUUGCUGACACCUCCUUCCUGUGUGAACUGUCCCUAACAAAGCUGUUUCUUGGACCAGAACAAGCAGAACGCACUCCGCCUUCCUUAGACGAAGGCUCCACUGGAGUUCCUGCUGGGCUCCGGCUCCCGGCAGUGUGGCUGUUUACACGGUUUGGCAAUAGGCUUGGUUCUGAUUGCUUCAGAGUGGCUGGUCUAUUUUGUUUCCUUUGGUUUCCCUCCUCCCCAAACUGUGUCAGGAGAAAAAAAAAAAAUUGAAACCACCCUCGGAAAUUGCUGGUUGCUUGUCCCCACGUGAUGAGAAGUGCUGCCCUCUUCCAGAUAUUGUUUCUCUACCUUACAGCCAACGCCCGUCCUAUAGAGUGUCUGAUUAGAUCCUCUGUCGCAUAUUCUGAUGGUGCCUGCUGGUUUGAUGUGGAGCUAUCCUGUGAAAUAAAACAGCUUAACUUUUCUCAAA